UACACCAAAUCAAGAAAUUACCACCAACUGGAGCUCGUGCAGCAGGCCAGCGUCAGUGUGUUGUGUGUUCCAGUACCAAAUUGAGGCCACAGAAACGUAAAUUGGUGUUGACGUGGUGCGAAGCGUGUGCCGUCCCUCUGUGCCAUAUCGACUGUUUCGCACAGUACCACAGUGUAGUACUGUGAUCAUUAGUACUGGAGUACUAAAUGUGUAAUUCUUUGGUAAAUAAAUGUACAUAUCAAGUUAAUUUUUGUGUUUAUAUUGAAAAAAACCCAAAUACAUUGAAUAUUUCCUGUAAAUUAUACCAUUUUGGUGGGCAUACUUGUGACACUAAUAUGUGAGCGCCUAGUGAGUUUAUACCAUUUUUAUUAUAAUACAACGUCUAAUGCUAAUAAUUGGAACAAUAUUAGCAAAAAAAUUUUUGUGUAAAAUGACCCAAGAAUACUGUAAAUAAUUCUGCGAAAAUAAAUUCGCGGCAACUCGGGCCGCGUGAGCGGCCGUGAGUGACGGCUGGCUGACGCAGCACCCUUGAGCGCUCACGUUCUGUGACGUCAUCGGCCAACUUCUCGGCUCAAUUGUGUCAUUGGUCAUCACUGAACUGUAUGAAGAACAGUUGCACUGGCAGCCGAGUCAGGCGCUCAUGUAGGUGAGACAAUUCUCCAUGUUAGCACAUAUCAGUGUUGCAAACACAGUGAUGCUGGUGUCAAUACUAAUCGCCUCAAUAUAUGCCUCGAUAUCCAACCCAUGUGAGAGCACACCCUUGGCAGCCAGUGUACAUAACAAUUCACCUCUUUAAGAUUGCCACAUGCAAAAUUACCAUCGUCUGCAAUUGAAGAUUAUGCAUUUUCACAAAGUGCUUCACAUCUACUGACCUUCACCAGAAGUCGUGUGUGCUUAAAUGAUGUACGUUUUCACUUUAAGCAUUGUAAUAAAAGUGAAAUAUUUUCCUUUUGUGUUGUCCAAGAUUUCAGUCUAUUGAAAUUCCACAUUAGAUUUUUUCACUUCUACCCCAUUUUCUAUGUGUAAGAAAACUUGAUGAUGUGAUAAUUUUUUAGUCAUUACCUAACCUAUAUGUCCCUCAUAAAUUAUUAAAUUAAUACAAUUCAGUUUAUGGCAAUAAGAACAAGACUAGGAACUGCAGCGUACUGUAUAUAUAUAUACGUUAGAAACAAAGUAGCAUGCAGCAGCAGCCACACUUGUUAUUCUAGAUUCUUGUUAAAAUUGUAUUGAUAAAAAGGAUUUAAUAAACAAAAAAAUUAUAAAACAUUUUCUUAAAAACAUAUUUUAAUGCAUUACAUAGAAGUAAGGUUAGAAGAAAUAAUCCCUUAAUGGGAAACUAAAUUGAAAAGGAAAAACUAAUGAUACACAGGAAGUUUAUAUUGGAAAAGUUGUGCACCCUGAGGAUUCCAGAUUUUGAAGAAUAUCUUGCUGCAUAAAUAGAUAUAUGUUGUGUAGUAUUUAUACUAUAUCAGUAUUCGGAGUUGCUUAAAGACAGUAUGUACAUUUUAUCUGGUAACAUUUUAUGAGAGAAGCCACAUUUUUGGGAGCAUAUCUUUGUAAAGAAAAAAUACAUCUGCAUAUAUAAUAAGAAACAUGAGUCUUCAUUCAGAAAAAGUACACAAGUGUACUAUUUGUCAAAGGAUUGUUUCAUGUAGAUCUACCCUAGUAACACACAUGAGAGUUCAUACAGGUGAAAAACCUUAUCAUUGCUCGCAUUGUCAAAGGAAUUUUGCAUGUAGGUCUAGUCUAGUAUCACAUGUUAGAAUCCAUACUGGAGAGAAACCUUAUAAAUGUUCAGAGUGUUCAAAAGCCUUUGCAUGUAAAUCUACUUUAGUAUCACAUGUCAGAGUUCAUACAGGAGAAAAACCUCAUCAGUGUUCAGUGUGUUCAAAAGCCUUUACAUGUAAAUCUACCUUAAUAUCUCAUGAAAGAGUUCAUACUGGAGAGAAGCCCCAUCAAUGUCCAGAUUGUCUUAAAACAUUUUCUCAAAAUUCGGAUCUAGUUAAACAUUUGAGGGUUCAUACAGGAGAUAAACCUUAUCAGUGCACAGAGUGUUUGAAAGAUUUCUCGGAUAGCUCUCAUCUUUUAAGACAUAUGAGAUGUCACACAGGAAAGAAACCAUUUCAGUGUUCGGUGUGUUCAAAAUACUUUAUACAAAAAUCUAAUUUAGCAACACACAUGCGAGUUCAUUCAGGAGAGAAGCCAUAUUCCUGUACAGUAUGUAUAAAAGUUUUUACGCGAAAAUCAGACCUACAAACACACAUGAGAGUUCAUACGGGAGAAAAGCCUUAUCAGUGUACAGUGUGUCUUAAAAGCUUUUCACAAAAAUCAACUUUAGUAACACAUACGAGAGUUCAUACAGGAGAAAAACCAUAUCAAUGCUCAAUAUGUUUAAAGCCCUUUAAACAGGAAGCCCAUCUAGGAGCACAUAUGAAAAUUCAUUUUGGAGAGAAAUCAUAUCGAUGUUCAGAAUAUCUAAAAAACUUUAGGAUAAAAAUGAUACAGUAAAAUAUAAAUGAUCAUACUGAAAACAAAUUGUUGGAUUGUGCAUGUCUAAAUGUGAACUGUGAAAUAACAUACAGAAGGAAAAACAAAGUUGUUUAUAUGAAAGGUACAGUAAUUUAAUUUUUAAUAGAUUAAUACGGGAAAGUUUGUGCAGUGUUGAAAUGACAUUUGGGUUUCCUUCUGUAUAUGACUUUGGAUAUUGAUUUACUCUAGUGAUCCAUUUAAUGGUUUGUAAAAGGAAGAAACCCUGCAAAAUUCAAAGUAUUUAAAUGAGUUUUUAUAUAAAUCUACACUGAUGAAAUAAGUUUCAUGCAGGAAAAACUGCUGGAUUAAUUGAAUUAAUCCGUUCCACACCCCCUAAAAUAUUAACUUAAAAAUACAUUUUAUACUGAA